CACUAUAUAAACAACUGCAGGCCCUUACUAACUUUUCCACUGAAAAUCAAGGAACAUACUUUCUUUCUCACUGCAAAUCAAGAAAGAAACUUUCUUUCUCACUGCUUUCGAGAAACUCUUUCAGUUUAACAAUGGAAACAACCGUUCUAAUUGUUGGAGCUGGCCCAGCUGGGCUAGCCAUGUCCGUUUGUCUCUCUAACAUCUUGGUCUCCAAUAUUAUGCUGGAAAAGGAAGAUUGUCACGCUUCCCUAUGGAAGCGCAGGUCGUACAAUCGCCUCCACUUGCAUUUAGCCAAAGAGUUCUGUGAAUUACCCUACAUGCCUCACUUGCCCGAGACACCUACUUUCAUGCCAAAGGAAACGUUUAUCGAUUACAUGGAUAAAUAUGUUAGAGAGUAUAAUUUAAGUCCGUUGUUUAGUCGCUAUGUUGUUUCUGCUUCUUUUGAUCAAGUUUUAAGGAAAUGGAUUGUUGAAGCUGAGAAUUCAAUUUCAGGAGAAAUUGAACGUUAUGUUGCUAAGUUUUUAGUGGUAGCAACUGGUGAAAAUUCCAGUCCCUAUAUUCCUAGGGUUCCUGGGCUUGACAGUUUUUCUGGGAGUCUGAUUCACUCUAGUCAGUAUAAAAAUGGGUCUGAAUAUGAGGGUAAGAAUGUUCUUGUUGUUGGUUCUGGGAAUUCUGGAAUGGAGAUCAGUUUAGAUCUUUCUAACUAUGGAGCCAGACCCUCAAUUGUUAUUAGAAGCCCUUUUCAUGUUGUAACCAGGGAGAUGAUAUAUAGAGGAAUGCGGCUCUUGAAGUACCUUCCACUGAGCGUGGUGGAUGCUUUGGUUGGCCUGGAAACAAGAAUUGAAUAUGGUGACCUGUCACCAUUUGGGAUCGAUCGACCCUCCGAUGGACCUUUCACUCACAAACUGUUAACAGGAAAAACUCCUGUUAUUGAUGUUGGUACAGUCAAGAAAAUUCGUUCAGGAGAAAUACAGGUUGUUCCUGAGAUGAUUGAAGUUACUCAAGAUAAGGUAGAGUUCAAAAAUGGAACUAAGCAGCAUUUUGAUGCAAUAGUAUUCGCGACGGGCUACAAAAGCGUAGCUAAAGACUGGCUGAAGGACUAUAGUUUCAUAUUUAACGAUGAUGGGAUGCCAAAAAAUUCAUUUCCGAGCCACUGGAAAGGGGAAAACGGUAUUUACUGCAUUGGAUUUUCCAGAAAUGGCAUAUUAGGCAUUACAAAUGAUGCAAAAAAUGUUGCAAAUGAUAUCAGUAUGAACCUCGGUGCUUAAUUGGCAGCCAGAGAGGGAUAAUGAAAUGAGUUGAAGGUUCAAGAACAUGCCCACUACAAAUUAUGCAACUUUGUACCUAAAUAUGAUAAAUUGUAGGACUUUCAAUAUAUGAGUGGGUUGUAAUGUAAAAUAUAAAGUUUAUGUAUUUGGAAAUGCUUCCUAGCUACUUUCCUUC